UAGGUUAUGUAGGUUCAAACGAAGAAAGAUGGCGUAUAUGUAAAAUUCUAUGAUAUUAAAUGUGUGGUUGGGUUUGUGUCAAGUAAAUUGGAUUGUGGAAGGUUAUGUUCGUUGUAGCCUCAAAGAAUAAAAUAUUGUACUUGUAGUGUUAAAUUUGUUGGAAGUAUUGUUAAAAAAAUUAAAAGCUAUAGAGAAUAUUGAUUCAGCAUAAAAAAUAAUAAUGAAUAACUCAAAAAACGUAAUUCGUUCAUUUUUCGGUUUUAGUACGUUUGUUUUUUUUCUUUAUUGCAUGAAAGUGUCAAGUGUACUAAGUGUACCAACAGCCCAAAACAUUAUAAAUGUAAUGAAAAAUGAUACCGAACUCUCCUGUAAAAUACCAACAUUUUUGUACGAAAACAAUAUUAUAGCAGAUUGUCAUGAUGUAGCAUAUCCUGAAGGACAGAAUAUCACUUAUCAACAUGAUUUAAAGUCCAUGAAUACUUUUUUAUGUUUGGCAUUUUAUGAUACAAUAUAUAAAGUCUGUCACUCUAGUCAACAUUAUAAGUAUCUUACUAAUAUGACUACGUUUUACUCAUAUAUCUAUGAUUUCUUCCCUGGAAAAGAAGAAAGUGACCAAACUAUGUUUUGUAAAAAUAUCAAGGAUAUUAAAUUUGCAUAUAAAAAAGUGGAACCAUUGUUAUCACAUGUACAUUUGAAUAAUUCUCAUACAUGUUAUUCAAUAUGUUUGGAUAUGUCAGAAAAAUUUGUUCCGCUUUGUGCAAUACUAGCAUGGAAUAAAAAUAUUGAUGAUACAAAACAAAUAAAUACGAAUUUAGAAAAAGAGCCUGAAGAUGUAUUGAGUACAAAGAUAAAGACAAAUCACGAGACAGAAGAACAACAGUUUCAAGUAGCAGAUAAAACUUUUAAUAGAAUGUCAAAAGAAAAUACUGAUAAUACUAAAAGUAAAAUAGAUAAAUCUUCCACUAUAAAUGUGUUAUUACCAAAAAAGCAAAACAGUGCUAAACCUGUUGUUAAAUCUAAUACCAACAGCUAUAGUAACAAUCAUCAGCAGAUUGUCACAUAUCCAACAGAAAAAAAGAUAGAAACAAAUGUUGAGAAAGCUGAUGUUCCUGAAAAUUUAGGCAUUGCAUCUAACACUGAUGAUAAAAUUGGAGAUGAAAAAGUAGAAACUAAUCCAGAUAUAAAUAAUGGAGCUGGAGGAAAUAUAAAUGAUGUUAAUGAAGAUGUCAAAACAAGUACAAUAUCAGAAAAUACACAGGAUCAUCAAAAUCCUGUUAAUGAAGAUGAGUGGAGUCAGAUGGAAAAUGACAAAUUACCUAUUGAUCCAAGUGAUGGAACUGAUCAGUCCAUUGAUACAGACAAAAAACUAUUAGCAGAUCAAAAUCAACAUAUACCAGAACCUUCUGAACAGAGAGAUAUUAUACCUCAUUAUAGCAUUAGGACAGAUGAAGAGUCCCAUUUUUUUACUUACUUCACUGUAGUUUCUUUAAUCUCAGUAGCUGCGUACAUUGGUUAUCAUAAUAAACAAAAAAUAUUAGCUAUUGUAUUAGAAGGACGAAGAUCACGAAACAGCCGUAGUAGACGACGACCAAGCACUGCUAAUUAUCGUAAAUUAGAUUGUACACUAGAAGAAGCAGUUACAUCACAGUGUAAUGCAAAUGUGACCCAUGUCAUAUAUUAAUGCAUGUAUCCAACUUUAAAGCUGUAUAAUAGCACUUGUGUAACAUAUUUUGUAUUCAAGUAUACAUCCAUUAUAAUAUGAGUUUAUUUUUGACAAA